UGAAAUUUUAAAAUUAUUUUGUUGAAAUUUUUUAUUAAAUAAAAGUUUGGAUAAAUGGCAGUUGCUAAAGGAAAGAUUAUUGCAGUAAUAGCUGAUCGGGAUACCUGUACUGGAUUUCUUCUUGGUGGAAUAGGUGAAAUUAAUGCAAAGCGACAAAAGAAUUUUUUGGUCGUUGGGAAAGAAACAACUGUUCAAGAAAUACAGGAUGCAUUUGUUAAGUUUACUACACGAGCUGAUGUUGCCAUUAUACUUAUUACACAAAAGGUUGCUGAAGAGAUUCGUCAUUUAAUUGACUCGCAUGUUCAACCUAUUCCAGCAGUCCUAGAGAUUCCAUCCAAGGAUUGUCCUUAUGAUUCUUCAAAAGAUUCUAUAUUAAAAAGAGCCAAGGGAAUGUUUAGUUCAGAAGAUUUUCGAUAAUUCCUAUAAAUCUUAUUUAUUAAUUUUUGUAUUGAUUUUAAAAUUUGUACAUCAAUUAAAAAAAUUGUUUUUAAUAAAUAAAUUUCAUUGUUUAAAAA